AUGAUGAUGAGCAAAGGUGUUGUGGCUACGAUUCUGUUCUUCAUGUUGAUAUGUUUGGUUCUUGUUGAGACUCGUCCCCUUGCUGGUCUAACAAAGACUGAAGAGAAGAAGCUCGUGGCGGGUUUUUUCGAUGGCUUAUCACUUGGUUCGAUCAAAAACUCAGGCCCCAGUCCAGGGGAGGGUCAUAAUUUCGUGGAUAGGAGUGAUACGUCCCGAUUUGAAAAGCAUUCCGGUCCAAGCCCAAGAGGACUCGGUCACUAA